AUGAAGUACUUAUCCGACCAUAAAAACACCAGGGAUGCUCUGAGCUGCUGGGCCGGAGAACAAAAACUGUUCAUCGCCAGCUUUUACUUUUGGAACGCGGGAGUCAACAUGCAAAAGUCUCAGCUCGGUCUCCUGCAGAGCAUAUUAUACCAGAUUCUUCGCGUUGAGCCGCGCUUGGUCACUGAGAUCUGUCCUGAGCACCAGGGGUCAGAACCUUGGGGCAUUACCGAAUUAAUGGGGACCUUUUCCCGUCUAGCUGACACCGCAUGUUCUGCAAAGUUUUGCCUGUUCAUCGACGGGCUUGAUGAAUACGAUGGUAAGGAAAUGGAGAUCAUUCAUGUCUUGAAGAGUCUGGCCCAAUCCGAGAACUUCAAAGUAUGCGCAUCUAGUCGGCCCUGGACAGCCUUCGAAGAAGAGCUGAGCAGCCCUGACUGCAUGUUUGUGCUGCAACAUUUUACCAGGGACGACAUGAAUAAUUACGUGGAAUCCAUGCUUACUGAAAACGACAAAUUCAAAUCACUGGCGGCAAAAGACCGUCGCUGUAACACUCUCAUCUUUGAAAUUUCCCAAAGAGCAAAUGGAGUCUGGCUAUGGGUAUUUCUGGUUGUCCGGGACCUCUUGCGUGAUAUCACUGCCAAAGAAACCUAUGAUACAUUGGAGAAACGUCUCAACAGCCUGCCUCAGGAGUUGAACGCCUACUUUGCUCGAAUUAUGGAUCGAAUUGAUCCGUUUUUCCGCGCAGAUACAACCCGUAUAUUUCUCAUUGCCGUUGAGUCUGUGCGGCCUUUUCCAUUAUUUGCACUUGACUUUCUGGAGAAAGAGUCAAAAGACCAGGAUUAUGCCCUUAAUAUGGAAGUGAAAGCCGUCACUGCUGAUGAGCUGUCAGCCGUGUGUAUGGACUGGAGGCCACGACUUCAAACCCGAUGUGGUGAUCUUUUGAGUGUCCAUACAGAUUACUCGGAAUCUGCAUUUUUCAGAACAACCGUGGAUUUUAUUCAUAGGACUGCACGAGAUUUUCUUCGAGACAAUCACCACGCCAUGUUUCAGCAGUUUGUACCGAGGGACUUUUGCGGCAAGGAAACUCUCUGCAGGAUGCUCCUCGCGAUGUUGAAGAUGUAUCCGGUGGAAACCUUUCGUAAGGCCUCAAACAGUUUGUUUAAUUUGGUCGAUGAAAUACUCUACUAUACAUAUGAACUGGAGCAAAUGAGCAGAACCACCUCUCACUUCCCUAUCCUGGAUGAUAUUGAUGCUGUUAUGUCGCUCCAUUCGCAGAAAGAGCUCAAUCACUGGACAAAUGGUCGGGAUUCCCCGACGAAUACUAGAUUUGUUCAAUGGAUCGAGCGCGGACAAUGCUCAUUCCUUGGUCUGGCAAUACAAGCCCGCUUGCGGCUAUAUGUCGAGCAUGCUCUGGAUAUCGAUCCAUGUCGAUUAAAGAAAAGAGGUCGACCACUGCUAGACUAUGCUCUCCGACCGACCAGAGUCACACCAAGCAAUCUUCCCUACUCCCAUGAACGAGAAUACGCGGGCAUUGAAACGGAUAUUGUAGCCGCACUGCUGGAUCGCGGUGCCGACCCAAAUCAAGUUGUUCACAUAUAUGGAGACCACGCGCCCUGGCAAUUAUUUGUCCUGUUCUGCUAUGAACGGUGCAAGGACGUUCCUGCCAACGACAAUCCAUAUUUUGAUGUUGCGAACUUGUUGGUCCAGUAUCAUGCAGACUUGAACCAGAUCAUACAUUUACCUCCCAUACAGACCCGUGCCGGGACAACCGCUCGAUACAAGACACAGGUAACCAUCGAGAAGAGCCAAGCAACAGCCUGGGAACUGUUAAGUGAAGUAUUUACGUCGAGACAGAUGAUGGACCUGGAGCGCAGUAUGCAACAGGCGAGACUUGAGGCGCAAAGCCGGGACCCGGGAUGGCUGGGAUGGAUCAGCGACAUGAUCACUGGGAAGACCUUUGGUGUCUGA